CCACACAAAAAUCAUCACAAGAUAUUGUAGUAGCGACUAGAACGUCGCGCGGUUAACACACGCGCUGUUCCCAAAAACUAAUUAAAUUUGAAAAUCACAAUUUCAAAAUUCUCAGAAAAUCAAAGUGUUAAAAUUUGAAAGAAAACGAGUAAAGAAAAGAAGUUACAUGAAAAAUCUUUUGAUAGCUACAAAAAAUAAACAGUGUAUUUGACAAGUAGUAAUGCUAAAGCGUACAUAUAUAUGUAUGUAUGUAUAUAUAAAGUGAAAGAUGCGUUGAAAGAAAAACUUACAAAAAACGCGUGUUUCGUAGAGUUGUUUUUUUCGUGCGGUUUGAGCACACAAAAAUUUUUAAGAGUGUCACCGACACACAUACAAAUAUUAGUGCAUAAAUCUACUAAUAAAUAAACGGUUUUAUAAAAGAAAUCAACAACAUUUCUUAAGUGUACAUUAACUAAAAUCGUAUUUAAUCAGAACAACACAAACACAUUUAGCACAUACUGUGUUUACGCGAUAGUGUCCGCAAUUAACAAGCGUUAAAGGCAAAAACCUCUAGGUAGUUUGCUUAUCUCGAAAACGCGCCGCCAUUUUACAACGCAAUUCAACACGACAACAACAUAAAAAACUUAAAAAAUACUUAUUGAAAUAUUUAAAAAAAAAAUCACGCAUUACUACUUACAGCUAGUAAGCAAGCUAACGGUGUUAAGAAAAAACAAAAUAACCAAAAUUUAAACGCAGCCAUGCCUGCAUCAAAUGAAUCCAAGUGAAACUGUUUGCCGUCGCUUUUGCUAAAUAAUAAAUAUUUAUUUAGCAAAUAAGCUUAAAUAAGAAAUAAAAGAAAAGCUCAAAACGACACAAGCAAAGCAACUUAUUCCAAUGUUGUCUUGCUUGGUGCCAUCGUCGUCGUCGUCCACAUCACGUUUUGGCCAAGAGGAUAACAUUAUUAUAAAACAAAGUAUGCCAUCGUCACCAGCAUUUGCCAUGCAAUUUCCCCCGCUGGCAUCUGGCUUGCAUCAUCCUCAUCAUCAUCAAAACGGCUCGAAAAGCAAUAGUAACGUUGAAGAGGAGCACACGUCUAUGCCGGGUCCGAUCUCACCACACACAGAUUUUAUGGUGAAAUGUCCACAAUGUCCGACACGGCUAGGUUUUCAGUCUCUCCGCGAACACAUCGCCAACGAGCAUCCGCAUGAAAAACUUAAUAUAGAAAAUUCACCAUCCAAUUUCGCCUACAACCCUCCUAUCCAACUUCAGCAGCAACAUAACCAUCUUAUACAUCAACAACAUCACAACUUCCAACAACAAGCAUACACGCAAGACAGCGUUGUCGAUAUAGAUGACGAUAAUGAGGAGGAGGAGGAGGAGGAGGAUAAUGAUGAUAAUAGCAGUAAUAGUAAUAGCAAUAGUAGCAAUAUAAAAUUCUCCAAUUCACCAAAUCAACUCAGUAAUAAUAAUAAUAAUAACAAUAAUAACAACAACAACGAUAGCAAUAUUAAAAACAAUAAUAACAAUAGUAUUACAAGUAUUGAAUACGAUCGCCGUUCACCACCAGCCACACCGAAUAAUAUUAGCAAUAGCAGCAACAACAAUAAAAGCCCCCAAUCACCAGCGAAUUCAAAGCGCAGUGAACAACAACAACAACCACAAUCAAACAUGAUACCAAAUGUAACGCCCACCGUCUCACCAACACCACCACACAACGAUCUCAGUACCGCUGCCGCCGCCGCUGCUGCAGCCGCUACAUCACCAUUUGCCGCUGCCGCAGCUGCUGCAGCUGUAGCCGCCGCACAACAUCAACUACCGCCUCUGCCAACACAUCUUACACAUCCACAUGGUAUGCAUCCACAUUUACCAGCGGCAGCGCAGCUCAUGGCCGCUAUGGCUGCUAUGCAGGCGCAGCAGCAACAGCAGCAGCAAAAUGUUGUGAGUAAUGGUACUAUAGCAGGAGGAGGGGGAGGAGGCGGAGGAGGAGUCUCUGCUGGUAAUAUAACAUCCGAUAUCGGUGCACGCACCUCACCCACCAGUCAGCUUUUGGCUUUAGCCACUAACGGACAUCAUGCCCACCAUGCAGCGGCGCAUGCGCUGGCUAAUAGCAUGAACGUCGUUGGACCGAGUAUUUACGAUAUGGACGCAGCGCGCUCUACUUCAAGUCCCGGUUCAAUUGGUGGCAGCGAAAUGGGCACCUAUCACUGCGUUCAGUGUACGGCGACAUUCCAGACGCGCGAACAACUGGAGAAACACGAAUUACUGCACUCGCCUAGUGCGCAGACGCAAACGUCAAAUCAAAGCUGCAAAAUAUGCCACAAAGCCUUCGCCAACGUCUAUCGCCUACAGCGGCACAUGAUCAGUCAUGACGAGUCCGCUUUGUUGCGCAAAUUCAAGUGCAAUCAAUGCGAUAAAGCCUUCAAGUUCAAGCAUCACCUCAAGGAGCACGUACGCAUCCAUUCGGGUGAGAAACCAUUCGGUUGCGAUAAUUGUGGCAAAAGAUUCUCACAUUCCGGUUCCUAUUCAUCGCAUAUGACAUCGAAGAAAUGCAUUAGUAUGGGCAUGAAAUUGAAUCCGAAUCGUGCCAUGCUAAAAGCGCUCGAGAAGAAUGCCAAUGGUGGUCAGGGAGCGAAACGACAAGUUUCCAAUAGUAGUACUGGUGGCGGUCUCAAAACGAAUGGGCUUACAGAGUCUGCGCUGAAUGCCGCCGCUGUAUCGGGUUUGCCACCUGGUCUUCCGCCACCGCAUAUGAACUACUAUGCCGGCGAUGUGAACUCCAAUGGCAAUGCACUUCCACUCUAUCAGCAUUUGUUACCCAAAUAUGAUGAGUAUAAUUUGAAUGCCAUGAAUGCCGCACUGUUGGCCACAUUCCCAAAUCCGUGUUUCUAUGGCCUGGGCCUCGACCCGCGCUUGUCUCCAUACAACAACUUACAGCGUCUGCUGGAAAUUACGGCUGUAGGGCAGCAGCAGCAGCAGCGCGAACAUCAGCAAGAGGAGCAGCAACGCAGCGUUGCAAAUGCGGAGAAUGAACAAGGACAUAGCGAAAAGCAUCAGGUGAAAAUUGCGGAAGAGCAUAGCACGCGCAUUGAUGACUCGAAUGACGAGGAGGAAGUUAACGAGGAAGAAACUCCCGACGAAUCCAAAUUGGUUAUGGACUUAGAUGAGAGUGAUGCCAUAGAAGAGGGUAAUGAAAAUGUGGAUGAUAGAGAGGGAGAGGGAGAGAGAGAGGACAACGAAGACAAUGAGCCGAUUCAAGUAACAAAGGAAACUGACGAACAUUCCAAUCACAACGAAGACGAAGCUACUUGUGAUAAAUUACAAGCAGAAGAUAACAACUUGGCUACAAAGCCGUCAACUGAGGAGCAAGUAGCGCAUGUUGAAACGAUAGCUGAAGUUAUCGAACAUGAUGGAGCGCCGCAAAUUAAAAUAGAGCAAAGCUGUCCCUCCACACCAGCUGAAGAGGAGACAGUUGAAGACCAAGAAGGAGUAGUGCAGUUAGAAGCUCUGCCCACAAUUAAGCAAGAGUUAGACCAAAGCGGUGAAAUGGAAGAAGCACAACCACGAGAAACUAUUUCUACACCCACAAGCGCGGUAGGUAAGACAAACGAGCAAAUCAACUCUGAUACACCCUUCAAUUCCACCGAGCUGCGCUGUAGCCGUUGCAGCAUACAGUUCAACCAUCACACAGAGCUCGUACAACACGAAAAAGUUCUUUGUGGAUUCAUCAAACAAGAGCUACAGCAACACCAAUACCAAGAACCAGCAACAACGCCGGUGCAACGGGAGCGACAACAGCUUGACGAGGAACCGCCGCAAUCUUUAGAAACCCAACAUAAUACGGACGAGGCCACCGAACAGAAUGCCUCGCUGUUACAUUCCAGCGAUGCUGAGGAUUAUCCAGAUGAACGCGAUUCAAACUCACGCAACGACUGCAAUAGUGAGGGCAGCGAGCGAAAGGUACGCGUACGUACUGCCAUCACUGAGGAGCAACAACAGCAACUGAAGCAGCACUACGCCAUAAAUGCGCGACCCAGUCGCGAAGAGUUCCGCAUGAUCGCCGCGCGCUUGCAGUUGGACGCGCGCGUUGUGCAGGUUUGGUUUCAGAACAAUCGUUCACGAGAGCGUAAAAUGCAAAGCUAUCAACAGCAACAGACAAAUGGCAACAAAGUGCCCUUUACAAUGGGCGUCUCAGAGCUUGCGACCGUUAACAAUGUGGAGCGUAAAGCGGCGCCUGCUGGAGGCGCGCGUACCGGCGAUGAGCAGCCGCUAGAUUUGUCGCUUAAACGUGAUUGGCCUUUGGCACUGAAACGAAAUGGCGUGCAACAACAACACUCACCACUCUACGGUAUUGCUCCAAUGCAGAAUGUCAAUGGUAGUGAUCUCAACGAAGCCAUUAACUUGAGUCGCAAAAUGUCCGCCUCGAUGUCACCGCCCUCUUCGCUCUCACCAUCAUCCGCUGCGUCGGUACCUCAGUCACUUAAACAGCAAGCAGCCUUCUACUUCGGCGCGCCUCCCAGCGGUCAUCACUUCCAGCGGCAAACGCCUUCGCCUAGUGAAGCACCACCGCUGCCGCAGCAACAACCGCUCGCACCACGCAAUGGUGACAACAACCACCAGAACAGUUUUUCGGCAUCGUUAGCUGGUCAUCUACCACCGUACAUGCUGCCUGCGGGUACACAGCGUGGUCUUAUGCCUAUGGAUGCGAUUUUCCGUAUGACACCCGGCGAUUAUGCCUGCAAUCCGCUUAUCAACAGUAUUAAAUUCCCUGACUAUCGCGGCACCAGCCUCAGUCCAGGCGGUUCAGAGAAGCGCUCUUGGCGGGACGACGACUCGCGCAUUUCACACGAAGAUGACUACAUUGCCAACGGUUUGCUGCCCAAACCGAAGCGUCCGAAAGCGGAGACUCACGGUCAUGCGGGUGAUCCGGAUUUGCCUUUUAUAUGUGAUCAAUGUGACAAAGCCUUUGCGAAGCAGAGCUCGUUAGCGAGACACAAGUACGAGCAUUCCGGUCAACGUCCCUACCAGUGUGUGGACUGUCCGAAGGCGUUCAAGCAUAAACACCACUUAACCGAACAUAAGCGUCUGCACAGUGGCGAAAAGCCUUUCCAGUGCACCAAAUGCUUCAAGCGUUUUUCACAUUCCGGCUCCUACAGUCAACAUAUGAAUCACCGUUAUUCGUAUUGCAAACCCUACAGGGAAUAGGUAAACGACAAUUCAGCGCAACAAACAUCCGCCUCCACAAAAUCGUUAUCGUCAGCAGCAACUCCGAAUAAUGGCAAAGUUACGCAUAGACGUGCCAACUCAGCAGCGGCUUCGAGAAAUCUGCUGAAUAUCGUUGAGUUUCGUAAAAAGUUCGGCAGUCAUGCGACCGGCGCGCUAUACCAUCACCACCACCAACAACAACAACAGCAACACCAAACGGCAGCAGCAAUGGCGGCCGCCGCAUUUCAGCAACAACGCGUACAACAACAGCAACAACAAAAUGAUUUGCAACAACGCUUGCAAGCGCAACAAUUACUAGCGCCGCCACCACCACCGCCUGCGCCACAGCCACAUAUGAUUUGGCCACCGUUGAACGGUAGCGGUAUGGGUGGCAUGUUACCACCUGCACUGAAUCAGCAGCAGCAACAACAACAACAGCGAGCGCUGCCUACAUUACCGCCGCCGCCGCUUCUGCAUGGCGCAAACGACAUGUCGCAUUUAAGUGGCGGUGAUGCUCCAACUCACUAUCAUACCCACCAAGCAAGCCACAUUGUGGAUCAAUCACUGUUGCCGCCGCCGCGUUACAGCGCGCCACCAAUGCCAACGAUGCCGCCCACGCACCCGCAUACACAUC